AUGGCCCAAUCUCACUCGUCGGCUUCCCUCGACGACAACGAAAAACAAAACGAGCUGGCACUGGUUGAUCCGCAGGCGGCAGCAGAGAGACCUACAGAAUAUGCGCCCAUACGCGCAGAACACAAUGAAAAGGCGGCUGCGGACACGGCGGACAGCCAAAGUGCAAGAGGCGAUAUGUUGAGAUUGCAAUCUACCACAAGCGCAUACUCGGAAUCAAGCGCCGCCGAAUCCAACGCGGCUAAAUCUACACAGCACAAGAAGCCCUUGUACAAGCGCCUAAAUGUCCUCAAGAAGAACCCCCCGCCUGUGCCCCACGAGCGCACCGUAUGCCCAGAACACACGGCUGGAUUCUUCAGCAAACUGACGUGGCAAUGGAUGCAGCCGCUGAUGAAGGUGGGAUACAAGCGGCCGUUGGAAAAGAAUGACCUCUGGGUAGUCAAUCCAGACCGGAGCGCUGAUGUUAUGGCGGCAAAACUGGAGGAAGCUUUCAAGAGGCGGAGAGAACAAGGCGAGGAGAGCCCGCUGCUGGGUGCCUUGUAUGAUACGUUCAAGUGGGAGUUUAUCAUUGGCGGUCUAUGCCAACUCUUGGCAUCCAUCGUACAAGCCGUUGCGCCCUUUGUUCUGCGCUAUCUCAUCAACUUUGCGGUUCGGGCUUUCAAUGCCCAACGCAGAGGUGUGCCUGGGCCGAAUCUUGGUGAAGGCAUCGGUCUGGUGAUAGGAAUCACCGCCAUGCAGGUUGUGCAGAGUUUGUCCACCAAUCACUUCAUGUACCGUGGUAUGAUGAUGGGCGGAGAAUCCAGAGGCGUCCUGAUUGCACUGAUUUUCAACAAGGCCAUGAAGCUCUCGGGCAGAGCAAAGGCCGGUGGCGAGGCCAUUCUGGAAGCUCCUCCGCCGGAUAUGAAACCAGGAAGCGAGGCCCAGCUGAAAUGGUACAAGAGGAUUUUGAAGAAGAAUGAAAAGAAAAAAGGGCCCAAGUCGCCCGCUGGCGUGGCGGGUGAUGGCGAGGGCUGGGGCAACGGGCGAAUCGUCAACUUGAUGUCCACCGAUACCUAUCGAAUCGACUUGGCUAGUGGCUUCUUCCACAUGAUUUGGACUGCUCCUGUCGGUAUUCUGAUUACAACGGCUCUGCUUCUGGUCAACCUGACGUACAGCGCACUACCCGGUCUUGGUCUCAUUCUCAUUGCCAUGCCACUGCUUGGUCAAGCCGUCAAGUCGCUGUUCCGCCGAAGAAUCGUCAUCAACAAGAUCACGGACCAGCGCGUGAGCUUGACGCAGGAGAUUCUGCAGGGUGUUCGCUUUGUCAAGUACUUUGGCUGGGAAACGAGUUUCCUGGAGCGCAUCCAGGAGAUUCGGAAAAGGGAGAUUCACGGCAUCCAGAUCCUGCUUACGAUUCGAAACGCCGUGCUUUCCGUCGGCAUGUCGAUGCCCGUAUUCGCUUCCAUGGUCUCGUUCAUUACUUACUCGCAGGUCCACCCCAAUCUCGAUCCCGCGCCCAUCUUUUCGUCGCUGGCUCUCUUCAACUCGAUGCGUAUUCCUCUCAACUUUCUGCCCCUGGUUAUUGGCCAGGUCAUUGAUGCGAACGCCUCCGUCGACCGUAUUCAGGAGUUCCUUCUUGCAGAAGAAGCAGAGGAGAGCGGAAAGUGGGAUUAUGAUGCCAAGGACGCCGUGGUUCUCAAGGACGCAGACUUUACCUGGGAACGCCACCCGACACAAGACGCUGAUGAUGUACCAGGCAAGGGAGGACCACCCGGAAAGAAGCCAGAGACAAGAAAGGAGAAGCGAGAGAAAAAGGCAGCAGCUGAGGUGGUACGCGCGAGCGGAGCUACGACACCUUCGGAUGCGACAGCUGUGGAAGAAGAGAGGCCUUUUGAGAUCAAGGGACUCAAUCUCUCGUUUGGACGGAAUGAGCUGGUUGCAAUCAUUGGCGGGGUUGGUUCAGGAAAGAGUUCGCUGCUUGCAGCUCUCGCUGGUGACAUGCGCAAGACGAACGGAGAGGUCAUCUUUGGUGCCUCGCGCGCCUUUUGUCCGCAGUAUGCCUGGAUCCAGAACGCUACGGUACGGGAAAACAUCAUCUUUGGCAAGGAAUUCAACCGGAAGUGGUACGACCAAGUCGUGGAUGCUUGUGCACUCCGCGCCGAUCUCGACAUGCUGCCGCACGGCGACGCAACGGAAAUCGGAGAGCGUGGUAUCACAGUAUCUGGUGGCCAGAAGCAGCGGAUGAACAUUGCGCGGGCGAUUUACUUCAACGCGGAUAUUAUCAUCAUGGACGACCCCCUGAGUGCCGUCGAUGCACACGUCGGACGUCACAUCAUGGACAAUGCCAUUUGCGGAUUGCUCAAGAACAAGUGUCGCAUCCUGGCGACACACCAGCUGCAUGUCCUUAGCCGUUGCGAUCGAAUCAUCUGGGUGGACCAAGGACAGGUCAAGGCCGUGGAUACGUUUGACAACCUCAUGGCACAGAAUGCCGACUUUGUCCAGGUUAUGAGCACUACUGCCAAGGAAGAGGAAAAGGAAGAGGAAGACGAGGCCAACGAAGACGAGGUGGAAGGCGAGGUCAAGGCGACGAAGAAGCAGAAGAGGUCCAAGAAGCAAGCGGCGCUCAUGCAGCAGGAAGAACGAGCGACCAAGAGCGUCAGCUGGGAAGUCUGGAUUGAGUAUAUCAAAGCAGGCGGCGGUCUCUGGGUCGGCCCCCUGGUCUUCAUUCUCCUUGUGCUCUCGCAGGGCGCCAACAUUGUCACGUCGCUGUGGCUGUCUUACUGGACGUCGAACAAGUUUGGAUAUUCGCAGGGAGCCUACAUUGGAGCGUAUGCGGCUUUUGGCUUCAGCCAGGCAUUCUUCAUGUUCAUGUUCUCCUUCUCCGUGGCCAUUUUUGGAACAAGAGCCGGCAAGGUCAUGCUGCAUCGCGCCAUUACUCGAGUUCUCCGCGCACCCAUGUCCUUUUUUGACACGACACCCCUUGGACGCAUUACGAACCGCUUUAGCAAGGACAUUGACGUCAUGGACAAUACCAUUACAGACUCGAUUCGCAUGUACUUUAUGACGCUUGCCAUGAUUAUCUCUGUCUUUAUCCUCAUCAUCUCGUACUACUAUUACUACGCGAUUGCUCUGGGCCCGCUGUUUUUGUUUUUCAUGUUCUCGGCCGCGUAUUACCGAUCUUCUGCUCGCGAGGUCAAGCGGCACGAAGCCGUCUUGCGCAGUACAGUCUUCUCGCGCUUUGGCGAGGCUGUCACUGGCACUCCGACUAUCCGGGCCUAUGGACUCCAGGAGCAGUUUUCCAAGUCGGUCCGCGCAUCUGUCGACGACAUGAACAGCGCGUACUACCUUACGUUUUCCAACCAGCGGUGGCUGAGCGUGCGGCUGGACGUUGUGGGCAUUCUCCUCGUCUUCACGACGGGUAUCUUGGUGGUGACUAGCCGGUUCUCGGUCGACCCCAGUAUCGCUGGGCUGGUGCUCUCGUACAUUCUUACGAUUGUGCAGAUGAUCCAGUUCAGUGUGCGCCAGCUGGCCGAGGUGGAGAACAACAUGAACUCGACGGAGCGGAUCCAUCACUAUGGAAGCCAGCUGGAGGAGGAGGCGCCUCUACACAUGGGCGAGGUGCGACCGACGUGGCCUGAGCAUGGCGAGAUUGUGUUUGAUAAUGUGGAAAUGCGGUACCGCGAUGGGCUGCCGCUGGUGCUAAAGGGGCUCAACAUGCAUGUGUGUGCCGGAGAGCGGAUCGGCGUUGUCGGGCGGACGGGAGCGGGAAAAUCAUCCAUCAUGUCAACGCUGUUCCGACUGCAGGAGCUGUCGGGCGGGUCGAUUGUGAUUGACGGCGUGGACAUUGCCAAGGUUGGACUGCACGACCUGCGCUCCAAGCUGGCCAUUAUCCCGCAGGACCCGACGCUGUUCAAGGGCACCAUCCGAUCAAACCUCGAUCCCUUUAACCAGCACUCGGAUCUGGAGCUUUGGUCUGCGCUCCGGCAAGCGGACCUGGUGUCCAACGACCAGGCCAUGGACGAUCACUCGGGCAGGAUCCAUCUGGACAGCGUGGUUGAGGAAGAAGGGCUCAACUUUUCGCUGGGUCAGCGACAGCUCAUGGCUCUGGCACGGGCGCUUGUGCGCAACUCGCAGAUUAUUGUGUGCGAUGAGGCGACGAGUUCGGUGGAUUUUGAAACGGACGCGAAGAUUCAACAAACGAUUAUCGAGGGAUUCAGAGGCAAGACGCUUCUGUGUAUUGCCCAUCGAUUGAAGACGAUCAUCCACUACGACCGUAUCUGCGUCAUGGACGCGGGGCAAAUUGCGGAGCUGGACUCGCCACUCAAGCUAUACGACCAAGGCGGGAUUUUCAGGAGCAUGUGCGAGCGCUCAGGCAUCAAGAGGGAAGAAAUCGCGGGAGCAUAAAAGCCGGCUUGAUUGGCUGGGGCCGGAUACACGGCCCAGCGGGUGCGGGCAGGCAGGGAGAAUAUAAGCGUAAUGGCGCGGGCGGGCAUUUGCCAAGCGCGCGCACACACACACACACACACACCUCAUGUACACACACUUAGGGAAGGAUAGAUGGCCGUGUGCAUAGACAUGGCGUUUGAGGAGGGGGGAGGACAUUUUUGUUUCGG